UUGAGGGAAGGCCCGAGCGUUGCUAACGUCGAUGAGGGGCAUACGAGACGAUUCACACAGUCUCUGAUCGCGAAGGAAAGUUGCAUGAGUGCAUUUAGGCCACAUCUUGCCAUAUUUCAUCUGGGACUCCGUCGCUGUCACCGACGCGUCGGGGUUCGGAAGUCGCGCCAAAGUUUGGCUGAGACAAACAACGCGUAAUUGAGCUUACAUCACUCCAAAAUUUCGUUUCUGGUCUUCAGCUGUGCCCUGAUGUCUCUGCUUGGAGCUGACCCGAACGAACUCACUGCACUUACCGAGUUGAUUAAAAACGACCCGACAUGCGUCCUCGAUUCUGCUGCCCCUAGGGUUAACGCGACAGCAUUAGCGGCAACCAAAUUCAUCUUUGAUCUAUCACUGGGAUCGGAGAACGCGUCCAGUGUCUACAUCUCCAAAUUUCUCGCUUCUUUGACACCUGAAGAGGCACCCGAAACACGGUCACAAGCCUCCAAGAAGCGCAAACGUAGCACUAGCCCACCCAAACCAGCCCCGCUCGUGUUCAACCCCACGCCUGUGGCUUCUUUGUACACAGACGGCCUAGAUGAUGACCAAAUAUGGGCUCAGAUCGACCUGCGUAUGAAAAAUGUAUGUGACAUGCUCGCCUUGGCUUUGGAAGGAGAUGUCGCGGACGAAGACGAAGACGAUUACGAGGAUGGGAUGAACGGAGACGAACAGAACGGCAAUGAAGAGUUUGUGGAUGAGGAACUGCUGGAAAAGAUGCAAGCUCUCGAGGACAGUGGGUUUGAUGCUAUGGAAGUGGAUGGUUGGGAAGAUGAAGAUGAAGACGAGGACGAUGACAACGACGGCACAGAAGCUGAAUCCGAGGAACAGUCCGAUGGAGAUAACUCUGAUCUUGGGGAAGACGUCGCCUCUUUGAGGGAUCCGUCGUCUGAAGACGAAGAAGACGCAGUGCUGCAGAGGAGAUUGGUACCCCGGCGGAGAGGGAACAAGAGCGAGCUUGACGAUGGAUUCUUUGACUUGGCAGCUUUCAACGCGGAGACCGAGGAAGCGGAAGCUCGCAAGGUCUCGAGAGGACGAUUACACGGGGACUCGUCCGACGAGGAAGAUGACGAAGUUGACCUCUUUGCGCCAGUGGAUGAUGCAGAAACCUUUGACGAUGAGGAUGAAAACAAUGUGGGCGAUCUUUCUACACAUGAACGGCGAUUGGCGGAGCUUCGAGCACAAAUAUCCAGUUUGGAAUCAGAGAAUGUCGGCCCGAAAGAGUGGGUUGUGAUGGGUGAAGCCGGUGCCCGAUCUCGACCACAAAACUCGCUGUUGGAGGAGGACCUGGACUAUGAACGAGUGGCCAAGGCUGUCCCAGUUGUGACGGAAGAUCGAGUACAGGAGCUCGAGGACCGCAUCAAAGCGAGAAUUCUCGAAGGUCGGUUCGACGAUGUUGUGCGAAUUCGUCCCAUGGAGGACAAGCCUUUCCUUCCCGGCCGAUACUUCGAGCUUCAAGACAAAAAGUCGUCCCAAUCUCUUGCCCAGAUCUACGAGGGCGACUACGUGGCUGCGCAGACAGGUUCAUCAGCCGACGACAGGGACGGCAAGCUGGUUAAGGAACAUGCUGAACUUGAAGAGCUUUGGGAGGGCAUCUCAGGAAAGCUCGAUGCGCUCUGCAACGCUCAUUACGUUCCCAAGCAGCCCAAGGCGGCAAUCACCGCAGUAGCAAAUGUCUCAACAACGACGGUGGAGUCAGCUCUUCCGACAACCAAGUCUGCGAACUCCAUGCUGGCACCAGAGGAGAUUUUCGCUGCUUCGUCGUCAGAUAUGCGGGCCCGCAGUGAGCUGACGCCUGCCGAGAAGCAAGCGCUGCAUCAAAAGCAACGCAAGGCCAAGCAGAAGAGUCGCGAUGCCCUCAACAAGAGCGUGGACAAAUACGCCAAACUCAACAAACCGAGGAGCGUCAAAAAGCAGAAGCAGGCUGCCCUUGAGAGUGUGGUCAAGUCUGGGAAAGGCGUCACAGUGGUUGGGAAACCGAAACUCGGCAAGACCAAGGGCCGUAAAACAUGA